AUGACGAUGAAUUCUCAACGGCGGCUGACAACGAACGAAAUGAAACGAGGCGAACGAGAUGAUGGUCGUGAUGAUGAAGGAUGCGUGCCUGCGUGUCUGUCUGUGUAUGGUCUGGAGCGCGGAGGUCAACACUCCAAAGGCAUCAUCUUCAGCGCGCAUCUCGAACGCUACCUUUUUCAUCCGAAGGCGAUGCACAAGAAGAAGAAGAAGAAUGUGUGCCUCGCUACUGCAAUUUGA